AUGGCGGGCUGGGGGUCUCAGCUGGUGGGGUAUGUGCUGGGGGUCGGGGGGUGGAUGGCCAUCAUCUCGAGCACUGCGCAGCCGCAGUGGAAACAAUCCUCUUACGCCGGAGACGCGAUCAUCACCGCUGUGGCUCUGUAUGAGGGACUGUGGAUGUCCUGCGCUUCCCAGAGCACCGGACAAGUGCAGUGCAAACUGUACGACUCACUCUUAUCUCUGGACUCGCACAUACAGGCAUCCAGAGCUCUGAUGGUCCUGGCUAUUGUCCUGGGAUUCCUUGCUGUGAUUGUCAGUGUGGUGGGGAUGAAAUGUACCAAAGUGGGAGACAACGCUCCAGUCAUCAAGAGCCGUAUCGCGGUGGCGGGAGGCAUUCUGUUCCUUAGCGCUGGAUUCUGCACUCUGGUGGCCGUUUCCUGGUACGCGGCCAAAAUCACCAAUGACUUCUUCGAUCCCUUUACCCCCAUCAACGCCAGGUAUGAGUUUGGUUCAGCCCUGUUUGUGGGGUGGGCGGCAGCACUUCUUACCUCAUUGGGGGGGUCGUUCCUGUGCUGUUCAUGCCCCAAGGAGGAGCAAAGAGGCCAGAUGUACUACAGAUCAUCUCAGCCCUCCACAGUCAGAGAAACCACCUUUAAAAAGUCGAUGACUGCCAAUGGGGAGCAGUAUUUGUAGGUCAGCAUCAACCAGAGGAGUUUGCAAUCUCCAAAGAAGCAAUAGAGUUUAUUCUCUAUCCUCUAAUGAGAAAGUCAAUGGACUUUCUUCACAUUAGCAACCGUGAAACAUCAAUGUAUUCUAUGUGCUCAUUAAACGUGUACUUAGCUCCGA